AUGGCAGAAAGGGUUAAGAGUGGUGUAAGUAGCACUCCAAAGGAGAAACUGGCAAAUGCAAAACAGCAGCAACUAUCUGAUUUUCUCGUCGAAAUCGAGAACCAGGUACCCGCGGAAGAUGAUUUAUUCACCCAACAUUGUCUUACUACCGAAGAAUUCAAGAGUGCUGAUAAGAAUAUAAUACGCCUGGUCUCAUUAGCAGCGCAAAAAAUGCUUUGGGAAAUGGGAAACGAAACUUUGCAAGCUCGCAAAACCAGCGAAGAGAACCUUAACACUGGAACGGAAGAAAGAAAAGGGCGUUAUAGAAUCGUAACAACGGAUAUAACUUCUAAUGUUACAAAAUAUGGCCUUUCAUUACCUAACCCUGAAGACUUUACCAAAAGCUACAUUUAA